CUGUCAUGACAAACACGGAGUCUGAGCAAAGCUGCCAGGGCGCCGAUUUCAAAUAUGCACAUUGCACACGGUACCUCUUGGCUUGACGUCAGCUUGAACGAUUGAUCCACGACUGGGAUAUGACAACCCUUAUCAGUAAGAUCCCAAAGAUCAGAGAUGCUCUUCGAGAGACGUUCCGGAGCGGUGUGACCCGUCCCAUUGCGUGGCGUCAGCACCAGCUAUACCAGCUUGCACGUAUGGCGCAGAAUGAACAGGAACUCAUUUGCGAUGCCCUACAGAAGGACCUGGGAAAGCCGAAAACAGAGGUCCUUAUGGCUGAAGUGGGUACGAUCAUCGAGAGAGCUGUGAAGAGUGCAGAGCAGCUCCCAGAGUGGGCCAAGACUGAAUAUCCUGAGGUGGCUGAGUGGCAAAAGCCAUGGAAGCCAACGCUCUACAAGGCUCCAAAGGGCACUGUGCUGAUAAUCUCGCCAUGGAACUACCCUAUGGUCCUCACCUUCCAACCUCUCAUUGGCGCAAUCGCAGCAGGCUGUACAGCCGUGUUGAAGCCCUCUGAGCUUGUCCCUACCUUCUCAAAUCUUUUGGAAGAAAUUGUGCCCAAGUACCUUGACCCAAAUCUAUGUCGCGUGGUCAAUGGUGCUGUGCCUGAGACCUCAAAGCUUCUCGAGCUUCAAUGGGACCACAUCUUCUACACAGGGAAUGGCAGGGUCGCCAGGAUCAUCGCCAGCGCUGCCGCCAAGAACCUGACGCCACUCACACUGGAAUUAGGUGGCAAGAGUCCUGUCAUUAUCGACUCCGCAUAUGAUAUGGAUCUUGCCGCAAAGAGGAUCUUGUGGGGUAAAUGCAACAAUGCGGGACAGAUCUGCGUAGCACCUGACUAUGUCCUUGUACAGCGCGACAAGCAGGACGAGCUGGUCAGGGCAUUCCAGAAGCAUUACAAUGCGUUCUUCCCCAAAGGUGCACUGGAUUCUCCUUUGUUUGGAAGUAUCGUCUCGGAAUUGCACCAUAAACGCCUCACUUCACUUCUUUCCCGCACAAAGGGUGAAGUCGUUCUCCAGGGUCGUGCUGAUGCUGCGAGGAGGAGACUUGAGCCCACCAUCGUCAAAAAUGUCGCGGACGGCGAUUCCUUGCUGGAAGAAGAACUCUUUGGUCCGAUAUUACCUAUCGUGCCCGUGGAUUCUUUGAAGCAGGCAAUUAACUUCGUCAAUGCGCGAUCUCAUCCAUUGGUUCUGUACGCUUUUAGUGACAACGAAAGCGUGAAGCAGCAGCUUGUCUCCGAAACACAGAGCGGUGGUAUUGUUUUCAACGACACCUUUCAACAACUCGCUGUGAAUGAACUACCAUUUGCUGGGGUAGGCGAGUCAGGCUACGGAAACCAGGUUAUGAAACAUACCUACGAUACGUUCACGCAACUUCGUAGCUCUAUUGACAUGCCGAAGGAAGCUGAGCCACACCUGGCGAUUCGAUAUCCGCCUCACUCGGAGGAGGCAGUAAAAGCGCUCACUGCUGCGGUAUAUAUGCCCAUUCCGUCAAGCCGCCUGUGAGAUGUACUGUCUAUGAUUCAAAUACCAUUGCAUAUUUUCAUUUUGGAGCAU